GUUACCUUUUCAUAAACACGAACAAACAAACAUAAAAUGCCUAGUUUUCCUAAAGGAGGGACUACUUUACAAGCUAUUAAGCAAGUUAUUCAGCACCUUUCAAGCACUAAACGAUACGACAGAUUGUUAAGGAAUGUUCAAGUGGUCUCUGCGGAACCAGGUCACUGUAUAUGUCAAUUAAAGGUUGCAGAAGAACAUUUAAAUGGAUAUGGGACCCUACAUGGUGGGUUUACAUCAACAUUGGUUGAUUCCUUGACAACCUUUGCUGUCAUGUCAACCGAAGCUGGAGUACCAGGUGUCUCAGUUUCACUUAAUGUUAAUUUCCUUAAAGCUGCAAAACCAGGUGAGGAAAUACAGAUAGAUGCAAAGGUUGUGAAACAUGGGAAAACACUGGCAUUUACUGAAGCACAGUUGACCAAUAGUGAUGGUGCUACACUAGCAACAGGGCAGCAUGUAAAAUAUAUAGCAUAAUAAACAAAUUUAAAAAAAUAAAAAUUAUAUUAAAUUUAAGUCUUAAGCUGUGUUUAUAUUGGAUUAUUUUUUAUCAAAACGAAGGGCAACUACCUUUGUCAAAUCGUACCGUUGUUCACACAACUGAUUUAAAUAUACAGUAUGUUUUUAUGAAAUAAAUUUGCGAAUACAUGGUCAGUAUAA